ACUCCGGUGAAUUGAUUUUUUACUCUACGAUUAUCUAUAUUUGUUGCACUGGGUUAAUGUUGCAGGAGUGAGGCGUUGACGUCACAGUUUCUGGGAAUUGCAACCCUUGGAGGGUUGACCAGGGCCUCGCGCUCACUUUUCAUCAUCACGUUGUUGGGGAUGGCGGGGAUUUUAUCGUGGGCUUUCUCGGUUAUCGAGGGACUUUUGACGAGUUCUUAAACACCGAGACUUGGGGGAGAGCCCUUACCACGAGCGACACCUGUCACUCCCCGUGCACGAAACACCCCUGCAAUAUCGAGUGGCGCCGCGACUGCGCGAAACUCGAGCUUUUGGGGAUCAUCGGCGCUGCCAGCGGCUGUCGCAGAUUUCGAGCCCAGCUGCGCUGUUAUCACCCAGGGUAACCAGUCAACUCGGUGACUCCUGAUGUACUUGAAAUACGACUCCAAAUCAAUUAAAUAAUUUUUUUUUAUCGUCGUCAAACAAAAUUAUCAAGAUGCCACAAACAGGGAAGAAGACGUCAUCAAAGGCCUCAGAGUCUAGUAAAGACCAAAUUAGUAUAGGAAGAAGCAGAACCUCGAGGUUGGAUCUACUGGGUGGGGAUAUGGACUGGCUCCGUGGGAAGAUAUUCCUGAAGCCGGAAGAUCAGGUCCAGCUGAACGAAGCAGAGCUCCAGGAGGAGAUAGUCCGGGUGUUGACAAUGCAAGACACGAGAAUUCCUGACGCUCUCAUCGAGUGGUCGUACAGAGAAAUGGAAUUCGUGAGGAUUCCCAACCCCCCGAACAUCAUCAGCGUGUUGGAUGUCCCCGGGACACUCUUGAGUCGAGACUCUGAAGAAGCUAAAGCACAAUUGGGGAGUAGUUAUCAGGCUCCCGAGGAAGUGACAGUGGAUGCGAAGCCAGAAGAGGAGAAAACAGAAGCCAGAGAUGAUGAGGAGGACGAGGGAGAGGAGGCAGAUGACGAUGAGGAGGCGAAGCAGGAGGGUGGGGUCGAGGCAGAGGCAGCUGUCGAUGGAGACGAGCCGAAGAAACCGGUGAAAGUUCCCAAUCAAUUCAACUUCUGCGAACGAGGGGCCCUGACGUACAUCAAUCCUGUCAGGGACAUGAGCACUCAGACUGUCCCUCCACCGACAGCUUCCUUCAACUCCCACGUCUUCCAGUGGACUAUUUACGACGAGUAUCAGGAGGAUUACGCUGCUCAGCAGCUGGAGAAGGAGAAGGACAGGAAGUCCCAGGGGCCGGGGCAGAAGAGGGACGAGGGAAAGAAGAAAGCGCAGGCAGAAGCUCUGGCUGUCAAUCAGACGAUGCUGCAGGCUGCCAAGACCCUCGAGAGAAUGGUUAACCAGAACAUCUUCGAUGAGAUCGCCCAGGACUACAGGUACUGGAACGAUCCCAGUGAUGAAUUCAAGGAUGGCGAGGGCUCACUCCUCCCCUUGUGGAAGUUCCAGUAUGACAAGACUAAGAAACACGAUGUCACCAGCAUGUGCUUCAAUGCCAGGUACUACGACCUCUUCGCGGUUUCAUUUGGAACGUUUUGCUUCGACUCUUCCCUGACGUCGGGCACCGUCUGCCUGUUCAGCCUGAAGAAUCCGUCUUACCCCGAGUGGAUAUGUCUCACUGAGUCCCCGGUGAUGUGCCUGGACUUCAGCGUUUAUCAUCCACAUCUUCUGGUCAUCGGUUGCAUGGACGGGACUGUCGCUGUUUACAAUGUCAUGCUGCCACCAUCAGCUCCACAGUACAGGAGCAAUGAUGUUACCCAGAAGCAUGGAGGAAUCGUGGGAGAGGUUCGAUGGGCACCGGAUACAGAAGAAGGGAAUUUAACGUUCUACAGCAUCAGCAUCGAUGGGAAGAUCAACCACUGGGUCCUGAACCAGAACGAGCUGGGGUUGACGACGGUGAUGACUCUGUUUCUGGAUCGCUCCCCCAUUCCUGGGCCUGAUGGCACCCUAAUUACCCUGAAGGGAUGUGGCACCUGCAUCGCGUUCCAUCCGACGAAGCCUGACAUCUUCCUGGUGGGGACCGAGGAGGGGACCAUCUACAAGUGCAACAUCGCCUUCAGCAGCACGUACAUGCAGACCUACAGCGAGGCCCACAACAUGCCGAUCUACAGAAUCGUCUUUAAUAAAUUUAAUUCGGAUAUUUUCGCGAGUUGCUCGGGAGACUGGAGAAUUAAAAUAUGGGAGGAUAACAGGAAGGAACCUCUCUUCAUGUUCGACCUGGGGGUGCCCAUAGGCGAUGUCCAGUGGGCUCCGUACAGCUCCACAGUCCUUGCCUGUGUCUCCAACGAUGGAAAGGUGACGGUCUUCGAUCUGAAUGUCAAUAAGUAUCGACCGAUCUGCAGUCAACCGGUUGUCAGCAAAAAAAGGAGCAAAUUAACGAGACUCUGCUUCAAUAAUGAACUGCCCUUCAUCAUCGUGGGGGACGAUAAAGGUACUGUCAACACUUUGAAGCUCUCCCCGAACCUCAGGAUCAAACCCAAACCGACUAAGAAGCAGAUGCAUCUGUCUCCAGGCGAACUGGAGACUUUGAAGCUGGAGAAGCUGCUGAGUUUUGUCAGGGAACCCCCAGUGCUGGUGCCACCACCAGAUGUUAGGACAGCGGCUUAAGGUAACUCCGGAUUCUCCACAACCCCUUUAUAAUACUUAAUCUCCAAGAAAUCCCUGAUGUUAUUCGGACUUGACA